AUGACACUUCGAAAGGCGCUUGCGCGCGCCCUGGAGACACAUGCGCCUGCCCUCUCUGAAAGUGGCUGCCUGCGGCUCCAUACCGUGUUUAGCCGUCCGCUUUUGGUCCGCUCGCUGUACCCUCUUGCCCAUAUACACCCCAGUGACGCGUGUACGCCGCCUGACGCGCCGGCGCAUGUAUGGCAAGAGCAGGUCCUGAUCACAGCGGCGUGGAGGCCGGACGAUGGCGACGAGCGACUUGCAUAUGCAUUAGAGCUCUACGUGUAUACUCUGCCAGAGCAGAGUGCGGCCCUCGUCUACGUUUCUAAACUCGAUACCACCGGCUACGGUCCUCGAGCGCAUCCGCGGCGCAUCCGCACGCACCUGCCUGGUGUCUACAGCCAAGCGCCGUCCAUGACAUCGACCCUGACAUCGGCAGCGAUCGACUACUUUGCGUCCCGAAUGCACUGGGCGCGCUCCGACUCGGUGGCUGUGCAGCAUGUGUCGGUGCAUGUACUCGCGCGCGCACAAGGCGCGUACCUUUUCCCCUCGUCGGCAGCCCAGGCUAGCAAGCACGUACUCAGCGAUGCCGCACUCAUUCGCUGGUGGCACGCGUGUCUGAGUGAUGUGGUACGUGCGUGCCACGACGCGGGUCACGUUGAUGCGUUUUAUCUCAUACCCGGCUACCAGCGUCUCGACUCGCAUGCGAUCGUGCCUAUCGCGCAGGAGCCCUCAAGGUCGUCGGGGGGUGCUUGGCACUAUGGCCACCCCUAUAGCGAGAAAGGGUCUGGUCGAACAGCAGAAACGCUCCCGCCUCUGCCACUGCAUGCCGCUGCAUGGGAGCCAUACCGGUCGCACCUGACGCCAUCGGCUGCCAUGCAAUUACGCACACUCGCAACGCUGAUCCCCGUGUUCCCUGACGAUCCCAAGGGGCGCUACAUCAACGAGCUUUGCAGUACGGCCCAUGAGCCUGGCUUUUUGCCCAAGAUCCACAAAGGCCACAAACCAGCGCCGGAGCAUCGCGAGGCAAUGGCCGAGAGACAGGCUCUGGAAAAAGUAUCGAUCGAUGCAUUCUGGGAGCAGAUGGGCUUCCGCCAGGAGUGUAGUUCUGGGAAUGCGGUGGGCGUCUUUGUCGUAGGCGCGAGCGCCAGAGACGCACCAUCAACGACGACACCUUUGCCCCCCGAGGCACAGCCGCUGUCUCUACCGCACCCCCUCCUCCCGAACCUGAUGCUUCAGCAUCUGCAGCAGGAUGCAUGUGUGUGGUCGGACGCAGCGCAAGCGACGCGCCUGACGCGGCAGUUUUAUGAGGGCGUCGAUCGUGCAUUGCGCCGAAAGGGCGGCGCAUCAUCUAGGGACGACGAUGCGUUGGUCGGCGAGGGACUCGUCUGGUUGACAGUGCCGCUCGCCGCCGUGUCGCGUGACAUGGUGGCCCAAGCGGAGCAGCGCGCCUGCGAGGUGGUGCCUGCUGCACGUGGCACAGACGCGCCAGUACGCAUGCUGGGUGUCAAGCGGCGCCGCCGUUCAUAG